GUUUACUUGUUCAAAAAAUUACCAAUCACCAGCAAGCCCUUUGAAAAUGGCUGGAGGAGGCUCACCGUCAAAAGAGGAUAUCGAUGCCAUCUUUCAUCGGUUACGAUCACAGGCCACCAACAAGAGUUGUUUUGAUUGUGGCGCAAAAAAUCCCACCUGGUCCUCGGUAACGUACGGCGUGUUCAUCUGCAUCGAUUGCUCGGCGGUGCAUCGGAAUCUGGGCGUUCAUCUGACCUUCGUACGGUCUACCAACCUGGACACGAACUGGACGUGGCUCCAGAUCCGUCAGAUGCAAGUUGGCGGUAACGCGAAUGCGUCACAAUUCUUUCGACAGCAUAAUUGCAAUACCACCGACGCGCAACAAAAGUAUAACUCACGUGCUGCCCAAUUGUACAAGGAUAAGCUGUUAAACAAAGCCCAACAGUCGUUGCAACUGUACGGAACCACGCUGCACAUUGACAAUGUACACGACAUCAGCACUGCCAGCGAGAAGAAGGAGGUAGACUUUUUCGCAGAUUGCGAAAGCUUCGACGGUGACACUGCCGUGGCGCCAGGGGUUAAAGAUGAGCGAAAUAACAACCCCACCAGCCAGUCGAAGCCCGUCCCGGAGCUGGAAAGCAUUCCUAAACUGGCUUCCUUGAGUGCGACGGUGGACCCAUCUGCCGGACCCAAGGUAGAUUUCCUCAUGUCGGAGGUGCCGAUCGAGCCACUGAAGUCCACAAUUGGCGUGCGGAAGAUUCAACCGAAAAAGAGUGGUCUCGGUGCGAAAAAGGGCGGUCUUGGUGCUACCCGUGUGAAGACCAACUUUGCCGAAAUUGAAGAGCGCGCUAACAUGGCAGAUAAGUUGAAGCUGGCAGCCGCACCGGAAAAACUGGUCAGCGAGGAGGAAAAGGCUGAAACGUUGGCGAGUGUCCGACUCGCCUACCAGGACCUGUCCAUCAAGCAGCACAAGGAAGAGGAAAAGUUGAAAGCCACCGAUCCAAACAAGGCGAAGCAGAUGGAACGACUCGGAAUGGGAUUUGGGCGAGCGGCUGGUGUCUCACAUUCGGCUCUUACCGACAUGAAGACGCUCACGCAGGAGGAAACCACGCGUAACGGUGCACCGGUAUCGAAGUCGUACGAUCGCGAUCGUGAUGAUUCGUCCAGUGGCGGUGGAAAUGGAGGUGGUGGUGGAGGCGGAGGAGGCAGCGGCAACGGUGGGAACGAUUUUUUCGAUGAUUAUUCCAUAAUCUACGGGUUUUCCGGCAGCGGCAAGGGAGCAGAUCUGAGCGAAGCGACACAGAUGGGCUUCGACACGCUCGAGCCGAUCGACAGCAAACGUCCCGCGGUCAAAUCGAUGUUUUCCCCUGCGGGAGGCAGCUUAAAAGGAGGAUCCUCCAGUAUUAGUGAUCAACCAACGUACACCCGGGGAGGAGGUGGAAGCAGCAGCAACAGCAGCGGCAACAGUAGUAGUAACCGACGAACCGGCAGCAACCAACAGCAGCACUCCGCCGACGUGAGCGAUGUGGCUCAGAAAAAAUUCGGUUCUGCUAAGGGCAUCUCGUCGGAUCAGUUUUUCGGUGACGAACAGUCCGCGUACGACCGGUCGGCGAAUCUUUCAAAAUUCCAAGGCUCUACAAGCAUCUCUUCCGCCGAUUAUUUCGGCCACGGCUCAUCGAUGGGACCGGGAGGUAAUAGAUCCGGUGGCUCUCGUGGACCGGCAUUGCAGUACAAUGGUCCGGAUUUGGAUGACAUGAAGGAAAGCGUGCGACAGGGCGUUACUAAAGUGGCCGGACGGUUGAGCACGCUGGCUAACGAUGUCAUGAACUCCAUCCAGGAUAAAUACGGCUACUAGAGCGCCGGAUCGUCCAUGGACCAUGCACGGAUCACAAUCAACACUUUUUUAAAGGGCUAACUCCAGGACCAGAACCGGUUUUGUUUAUUUAAGUGAUAAAGUGGAAGUAAGAAGUGCUUUUCGGUUGUUAAGAUUAUGUUUAGCUUAAUAUGUAUUAUUUUGU